AUGCACGCUGGCUCUGAUUAUGCUGACGCCUCUGUGCAAUCGGCUAUUCCGACGAGGGGAGGCAGCAGAGGUCAGAAUGAGGGAUUGUACGGAGGGUUCAGGCGACGCAAAGCAGCGAGACUUCCAAAGGGACGGAUGCUGCUGGCUACGCUUGCUGCAAUUUCGGCUGUUAUCUUCACUGUCUACACCUGUACUAGGUUGAUUCGCAGGAGGAUCCCCACUUCAUCUUUUGGACGAAGACUGGCAGGGAAGGGAGAUGGCAAUGUUGACGACAAUGACCCAGACAUGUGCAGUCUAUCCACCCAGGAAGGUCUGGUUGCCGACUCUCUCUCCCCGGUGCCUCCUUUCCCAGGACUCCAGAGCGGUAAAGGCUUGGGCCAAAAGCCGUCUACGUCUACGAGCGGGGGAGCCGCAAGAACAGCGGGUAAAUCAACUUGGAGCUCUCCUAAGCCCGAGCCAAAGGCAAGCACAAUGCGGUUAGGUGCAAAGAGGAAGGCUGAAGAGGCCUUCAAGAACAAUGAAGAAGAGUCCAGUGGCAUCGUGCGUGCGCCACGUCUGAAGGAGGCUCCGCUGGAACCAGCCCCACCGCUAGACCCGGCAAUGGAUUCACUUAUUGACUCCGUGUUGGCAGUAGGAGAGAAGCUUGUGCUAGCUUCAUCCGGCCAAAUGCAGACGACAGUGGCGCCAGUGGGUCCUGCCACCUAUUCAUCUCCUGAGUCCGGGUCUUCUGACGAGGAGAGUGGGCUGUUUGAUAAGCCUGAUUUUUAUCAUCUGGAGACCACCCCGCCUCUCGAUCCGGAUGUGGAAUUCCUUAUUGACUCAGUGCUGGCAGAAGGCGAGACAGACCUCUUAGCUUCCCUUGACUUUGGGGCAGAGGCGGCACCGGCACCUCUGGACCCCGACAUCGAUCUACUUAUUGAUCAUCUGCUGGCUAAGGAGGAGGAAUCGCUACUUUCUGAAUCAAAUACGAGAGAGGAGAAGGGCCCGUUGCUACCCUUAGGGGCGGGCGUCGAUACCCUUAUUGACUCUGCGCUGGGGGACGAUAGCUGGCUCCUUGCUGACGAGGAAAUGUGGGAAGAGGGAAGCUCCCCUGGUCCAGCAAGUUCAAUGAUACCUGGGGACCCUAGGAGCAAUAAUGAUGAUGCCGCGAGCGUUUCAUCUGCCAAAAUGAGUAUACAAGCAGCGUUUGCAUCUUCCCAUUUGGAAGCUGGGCCUUCAUUAGACAUUGCUCAGUUGAGCGGUCCAGAAUAUGUUUCGUCCCGAGGCGGUCAAGGGUUGGCGGCAGAUGAUUGGCUUGGACCUGCAGGAGGCGAAGGCUCGGCGCAGUCUGUGGAUAUACUAUCGACGUUCAUCAUCCCUCCUGCGCUGCCCACUGGUAUGGAGGAGAUGGGCAGCGCUUCGCAGUCACGCUUUCCCGACAGUACAACAGACCAAAUGGGCUCGGCACUGCCUAUCGCUGGAGGCCCACAAGAGGAUUCCCCCAGUAUGACAGCAGACAAGGUAUCGAGUAGCACGAUUCUUGAGGAUUUCCCCUCUGCUUCCCAGGCAGGGCAGGCAAUGGAACAGUCAGACGUGAACAGCCUUCCCUCUUCUUCUGGGUCUUCUAUUGCCCCUCUUCCUCCUGAAGCCACAGCAGAAGCAGUGCCACCGAAGAGCGGAACAACCCAAACGUCGACACUUCCCCUAUCAGUCCUCUCACCUCGGAGCUUUCUUCGCUGGGUCCAACACGUGUACCCCGGGAUUUCCGAGGAUGUCCUUAAAACCCACCCAUUUUAUCAUCACCCCACGAGGCAGAUGAGGUUCCCAGUGAAACAAUUCAGUUUGACAUUUGCCGCAACGCUGCGUUCAUUUCAGUUUACCGCCUAUUCUGUGCUCGGGGAGUGCAGAUUCCUACUCCUCAAAAAGUGGCUAACCCUUAAGGAUUACGAAUCGCUUUCGGGCCAUGCAGAGCGCCUCUGCGGAUACGCUAGCGGGUGCAUGCCGGCGGCUUUGGUAAGUACUCGACCGCAGCAAGCCAUUGAGACUCUUGGGACGAUUUUUCUCGUCCUCGAUACGCUCUACUGCGUGACAGAGCUGCUGGGGGAGAGUUCACAGAGAGACGCCUGGUGGCCUUGGAUAGUUAGUCACAUAAAAAGCGCACGGUUCACACCUUCAGUAGGCUCCAAGACUAAGAGGCGGACUAGGGAUCUCGACAUUGCGCUUUCGUUGAAUGUUGCGCUGGACUACUACAGGGAAGCCAGGCGGCCUCCUGUGCGUUUGGUGGUUGGCUUAAAGGAGGCUUUACUUUGUAAACCUGGCUCGACAAAGUUCAGAUCCAGCGUCUGGGAUAGCUGGAGGCAAGACGCUCAGGUGUGGCUCAGUUCACUCUCAGCUAAUGCUCCAGCUGGGGAACAAUCGACGCAGCUAUCGACGAGCACCAGCCAGUGA